CCCAGAGGAAAAGGGAGGAAGUCAGGAAGCUGCUCGCUUGUGACAGCCUUAUCAAAGAAGAGCACUGUGAAAAAAGAAAAAAAAAAGAAAAAAAAGGCCAGACUUGAGCUUGAAAUCUUGUCCUUUUCUGUGAGAUCUGUACUGCCAGAAAGCGCUGCCGACAUGUCGAAGAACACCGUGGCCGCCCGCUUCAGGCGAGUGGACGUGGACGAGUACGACGAGAACAAAUUCGUGGACGAGGAGGACGGAGGAGAAAACCAGCUGGGACCCGACGAGGCAGAGGUGGACUCCCUCAUUAGACAAGGAAACCUCAUGCAGGCUUUACAAGCAGUCUUGAAGAACCCGCCAAUCAACACGAAGAACCAGAAUGUCAAGGAUCGUGCUGAGGGUUUGGUGCUGAAGGUGCUCAGCGCCUUUAAGAGCAGUGACAUUGAGAAAGGGGUGCAGUCCCUCGACAAGAACGGCGUGGACCUGCUGAUGAAAUACAUCUACAAAGGCUUCGAGAGGCCGUCAGAAAACAGCAGCGCGGUCCUGCUGCAGUGGCAUGAAAAGGCUCUGGCAGCUGGAGGAGUUGGCAGCAUCGUCAGGGUACUAACAGCAAGGAAGACGGUCUAAAAGAGGAGCGGAGGAUCACUGACAGACACAGGAGACUGUUCAUCUAAUCAUAACAGAUUGCAUAGGGACUAAAAGGAAAAACUGAUAUUUAACCCAAUGUGAUCCUGCCGUGAUCAAAAUCAAAUCUGGGUCACAUUGGGUUUAAAAAAAAAAGUGUUUUUCUUCCUUCUUCCCAUUCAUGAUCACAGCCGACUAAAUCAUGUUCCUCACAGGGUGCUACAGAGAGCGUCAUAUGUCUGUGUGCUGCUUCAUUGAUCUUAUUACAGUAUCCCCCCCCCUUUCUCUUCAUGUUAGUCCUACACUUGGGAGCCACUGCUGUUCAUAGUACUGUACCUACACACUCAUGGUAACAGACCCACUGAUGCCCAGGGCUGGGUGAUAUUCAAUUUGAGAAUUUGUCGUCUUUCAAUGUAAUUUUGAUGAAAUCAUAGAUCAGAAUAUAGUGUUAGACAAAUAUAUUGUCGAAAUUGAUAAUUAUCACAUACCAACUCAAAAUUCUCAAAAUCUGAUCAUUUUGCAUUGAAUUUCUUAAUUUAAUGAGAGAAUACUUCCAACCUCUAUAAUGAUAAAGGAUUUUGGCCCAGCCCUCGGGCUCACUCACAGGCAUGACUCUUAGCAAUGCAUCCUCCAUUGACUUCCACACAAACACACAGAGGGUUCCAGGUUUGCUUCUCUCAGGAAAAAAAAUCUCACAGUAUUUGUUUUCCAUCUUGUGUUAUCUCAUCAGUGGAGACUUCCUGAUGAAUAAAAAGCCUGAGUCAGUCAGUAAAUCCUCUCAUUGCCUCUCCCUAUAACACUUAAGCAGUGGGAGGCUCUUGAAAAGCACAGUCACAGAUGGAGGGUGGUGGAUUUGCUCACGGGGGUUGUUGCCGUUUACCCUGGAAAGCGGGAUGAGGGUGGGGGUUGGUGUCAUCCAUCCUCUAACGUUGCCCCAGUUAAGGAUUAUAACCCACGAUGCAUCUCCACCACAACUCUUAUUAAUCCCAUUUUACUGUACAUCCCUCCUGUGUGUGGCUGUCUCAUGCAUCAUCUGCCACUGUGCAGGGCAUUAUGUGGCUUUGCUCCUGUACUUUCAGGAAUGGCAUGUCACCCUGAGAAUCCGUUCUCAGAUUUAUUUGGGCAUUUAACAGAAAAUAUUUUUUUUGCGCGAUUUUCACCUGAAGGCCAAAUCCCUUCGUGAUUGAAAUUAAAAAACAUUGCUUAAAAGGUUUGACAAUAUCAGUGUGCUUGAUUUGCAGGAGAGACUAAGAUAAGAUCAUUGAUAUUUUGUCUCUCAUGCAAUUAAAAGAAUAUAUUGUUUGCAUGAUCCCACUUUUGAGAGUUUUGAGUAUUCUGUCAAGCAUUUCAUACUUGUCUUUUGUACAUUUUGUGUCUCUUCUGGAAACAUUUAGUGUUUUUUGUAUUGAAUUUGGGUUUAAAUUCAUGCUUGUUCGCUCAAACAGAUCCUCCUCACAUUAUGUUUUCUGACAGUAGGAAGUUGUAUUGUAUUUCCAUACAUUUUAUAAUAUGAGGAAAACUGGAAAUGUCAAGUUUUAUCUGCCUUAUCAGGUAGAUUAAGUCUGUUGCCAAAUGUUUUAUUUUCAUGCUUCUGUUGCCCCUGUGUACUAGAUGAUAAUAUUUAAAACAGAGUGGUGGGUUUAUAGCUAUAAACAGUAUAAAUUAACAUUAAAGCAAAGUGUGUAAUGGUUCCAAAAAAACAAAAACGCUAUUUUGAAAAUAUUGUUAAGACAUAAUGAUCAGAGGAAUUUAGUUCCAGCAUAAUGUUUUGUUCUUUUCGAAUCAAUCACUGAGUGGUAUUUCUCAAUGGAUGUUGCUUUUUCUAAAACAGCUGUUUUACUCACAAGUUCAAAUUUAGAUUUCAUGUUCGAAUACUGUCAUCAGUGAUGAUUCAUUCAGACAUUAGAUUCCUUUUCUAAUGCAGUAAAUUAUAGUUAUACAUGAAAACAAAGGAGAACGGCCUGAUUUCUUCUUCUGCUUCAUGUGUGUCUAGUCAGAGAUGCUCUUCUAGCCGAGGGAGCGUACCAAACUGAUGUACAAACUGCCUUACUCAAUAUUCCUUUUUUAUGUUUGUUCUAUUUUGACAAAAAUAAUAAAGGUGUGACUGCUGA